UUCAAUUAUCACAUUUUGUUUUCUUAUGAAAAUGACAACAAAUUGUUCGAUAAACAUUCAAUGUAUUUUCAAAUAGUCUGUGUAAUGUUUAGUUAGUUGAUUCAGUUUUUGGAGAUAUUGUGACUUGCAAUGAGUCGAGUUAUACACACGAAAUCGCUUGUAAAUCAAAUGAAUUGUGUACGUAAUUACACAUCCGCGGCUUGGCGCAGUGUUCUCCGGCAGGACCGGAGCAAAAUCCCAACUCAUAAAUAUCCGAUUGCAAAACCAACGGACAACCGUGUGUACGUUUGGGGAAUGGCCGCAACGGGUGCACUCGGAGUGCAAAUGUCGGUGAAAAAACAAGCCAAAGCUUGUGCGGAUUUUGUGCAACAUCCAAGCCGGUUAAAUUUUGCCGAGAACCGUGACAUUCUGAAUGUGGCUGCUGGUUAUGGUUUCUCGGCGUUUGCCGCCAAGUGUCACAAUGGACAGAGCUUGUGGGGAACGGGGAUUAACACGGAUUCUCAAAUUGGCUACCAUAAACAUGGUGGGCAGCAUAGGAAACCAUUCGAAAUGUUGAUCUAUCCUGCACCGAUCGAUCUUACCUCUGUCGAAGGAAAUAAUAGUAAGGUGGAGAUCGUAAAGGUGGACGCUGGUAGGGCACAUCUACUGGCACUCGCCAAGAAUGGGACGGUUUAUGCACUAGGGAACAACGCCUAUGGUCAAUGUGGGAGAGCUAUUGUCCAGGGUGAAGACUAUUUCAAUAAGCCUAGAAUAAAUAAGAUUCAGAAGCUGGAUAGCUCUGCGGACAACGUGAAGGAUAUUGCAUGUGGGCAAGAUCAUAGCUUUUUCCUGACUGAAUCUGGCAGACUGUUUUCUUGCGGAUGGAGCGAUGAUGGCCAAACUGGUCUGGGGAGAUUUGGUUUUGUUUGCACACCGUCUUUAGUGAAAGGUGACCUAGAAGGGGAGAAUAUCUUGAAAGUCGCAGGGUCUUCAGAUACCGUAUUGGCACUGAAUGACAAAGGUGAAGUAUUCGGAUGGGGUAACUCGGAAUACGGUCAACUAAACAUUGACAGAGAUGAAAAUCCCCAAAUCAAUUCACCUCGACAUUUGUCUUUUUUGAAAAAUAUCGGUAAAAUAACAGAUAUUGCUGCGGGUGGUUCCUACUGUAUAGCGCUCAAUGAGAAUGGUGACGUGUUUACCUGGGGCUAUGGAAUGCUAGGCUUUGGGCCUGAAGUAACGCAUCGACCUGGUCCUACGCAAAUUUCUGCGGCAUUGUUUGGACGGAACGAUUUCAAUCCCAAUGUACGAGUGCGCGCCGUUUACGCUGGCCUCACUCACAGUGGAGCAAUCAACGAACAGGACGACUUAUACAUGUGGGGACACAAUCGGCACGGCUGUUUGGGUUUCGGGAAUCAGAAAGAUCAGUUCUUUCCACUGAAGGUGGCCGUUAGUGCACGGGUAGUAACGAUUAGUUGUGGUGUAGAUCAUACGCUAGCACUGUGUAAGGCUUUUGUUUGAUGAGUGUGGGGCGUUCGAAAUAAAAAUGUGAGCAGAAA